AUGGGUCUUUCUCCCUCGUCCUAUCCGCAGGGCUUGGCGCACAGAGCAAUUUACUGCAGCAGAACUUUGAACCUCCGCUCCAUCCAGGCAAUCGGAUAUGACAUGGACUACACGCUGAUCCACUAUGAUGUGAACGCGUGGGAGGGGAAGGCGUACGCGUACGGGCUGCAGUGGCUGCGAGAGGCGGGCUGCCCCGUCGAAGGCCUCAAAUUUGACCCUGACCUAGUCAUUCGCGGCCUCAUUGUGGACAAGCAGCUGGGCAACCUGGUCAAAGUGGACCGCUUCGGAUACGUUAAGAGGGCGAUGCAUGGGACACGGCUGCUGUCGUGGUCCGAGCUGCGGGAGACUUAUGGGCGCGAGCUGGUCAACCUAAAGAAUGAAGCGCGCUAUGGGUUCCUGAACACCCUCUUCUCCGUCUCGGAGGCUGUCAUGUACAUGCAGAUGGUGGACCGCAUGGACACCGGGGAGAUCCCUCCGCAGGUGGUGGCUGCCUCCUACGAGGCCCUGUGGACGUUGGUGUCCAAGGCACUCUACAGGACACACGUGGAGGGCAAGCUCAAGGCGGAGAUCAUCCAGGAUCCCUCCUCCUAUGUGGAGCUUGACCCUGACAUGGCCCAGACUCUGCUCGACCAGAAGAGAGCGGGGAAGACGCUGAUGCUGAUCACCAAUUCGGACUACCAGUACACGGACCGCAUGAUGAGCCACGCCUACGACCGCUACCUGGAAGCUGAAGGCAUGACCUGGCGCGACAUCUUCGACAUGGUGAUAGUGCAGGCGCGCAAGCCGGACUUCUUCAGCUACAAUCAGAGCCUGUACGAGGUGGUGACGCCCGACGGUCUCAUGCGGCCGGUCAUGCGCGCGGCCAAGGGGGGCCUCUUCUGCGGGGGGUCCGCGCGCAUGGUGGAAGCUGCGCUGGGCAUGGAGGGGGACGACAUAUUGUAUGUGGGGGACCACAUCUACACCGACGCGGCCCUCGCCAAGAUCCACUUCCGAUGGCGCACCGCCCUCAUUGUGCGGGAGCUGGAGGAUGAGAUAGAGGCACUGGCUGCUGGCCGCGAACACCGGCGCAAGCUCAAGGAGCUCAUGAACAAGAAGGAGUUGGUGGGGGAUCUUUUCAACAAUCUACGUCUGGCGCGCCAGCGCUUAGUCGCUGCCGACGGCGUCAAUGACUCACCCGCUGACUCGCUGCGGCGCGACGAGUCGUCCAUUAAUGCCACCCUCGCCCAGCUGCUCAUGGUCAUGGAGCGCCUCGAUGCCAAAAUAGGGCCGAUGCUGGAGAGGGACGGGCGCGAGUUCAACGAGCGGUGGGGCUACCUGUCGCGCGCGGGGCUCAAUGACAAGUCGCAGUUCACGCGCCAGAUCGAAAAGUACGCCGACAUCUACACCAGCCGAGUCUCCAACUUCCUGCGCUACACCCCCUACUCCUACUUCAGGUCGCCCUCGCAGAGUCUGGCGCAUGACCGAAACGUCAGCCCCCGCUCUGCGCUCACUCUCUACGAUGACAACGGCUGCGAAUCCAGCGGCAGCUUCGAUGCCAACGAGUACACCGAGUACUAGCCAAUGGAGCUUUACAACGCUGUUUGCAGUGCACAUCAUUUUGUUAGAAUGUGCUUUCUAGGGUGCCCGGGAGCGUGAAUUUUUUUUUUGUGUGAUGGCCUGAUAGGUUUCUUUGUCCAUGUUCUUAGCAAGUUGUGAUUAUUCUGAGCAAACACACAGGAUCUAUCUGGUCCUGUCUGUACUUUAUCAAUUUCUGGCGAGUGCGUACAUAUUUGCGGGCAAUUGAGGGCUUUGUGAUUUACAAGGUGGAAGUUUCUCUGUUACAGACUAAGUCUGGAAGCCUGCUGUUAGAUUGGUCUGCCCUGGAACGCCAUAAUCCAAUGAUGCAUAUUCAAGGUUUGAGAAACACAAGGAUGUCAUCAAGUACUUGUUGCUGGGAAGAUACUGCAAUUAACUGUCUUUCUGGGACUGACAAUAUAUCUUCAUGCAUCACACGCUUGUAACAUCUCUUUGAG